AAGCCAGAAAAAGAUCACCCUUUUCUUCUCUCUCUGGUUUACCCAUCCCCGCCAAUGGCGUUGCCAAGUCCCCCUCCUCAGUUGCACAAGUUCAUCUCCAAUAGAACUGACUAUAUCUGCAACUCAAGCUACUGCCUUAAGUUCUCCCCAAAGAAUACUUCCAUCUUUAAGGGAAGAAGAACCCACUGCUGCUCUGCUAUUGCGGUCGACGCUCCAUCUUUUUCUACGGGAUUGACGGGUAUUAGAUUUGGUUCGGCGCUGUUGCAGGGUGCUAGAGAGGAGAUGGAAGAUGAUGCUGUUAUUGUUAAGUCCGAUCAGCCAGAUGGGUUCUCUUUUGCCGCCGUUUUUGAUGGCCAUGCUGGUUACUCCUCCGUCAAGUUCCUCAGGUCUGAGCUUUAUAAAGAAUGCCUUGCAGCUUUACAAGGUGGGUUGUUGCUAAAAGGGAAAGACUUUAAUUCCAUUGAGAAGGCACUGAAGGAUGCUUUUGGAAAUGUUGAUGCAAAAUUGAUUAAUUGGCUUGAGGAAACUGGGGAGGACAUCGAAUCUGGAUCGACUGCUACUGUCCUUUUCAUUGGAAAUGAGAAAGUGGUUAUAGCCCAUCUUGGCGACUCACUUGUGGCUCUUUCACGUUCUGGAAAAACAGAUAUAUUAACCGAUGGUCACCGUCCGUAUGGAAACAAGAAAACAGCUCUUGAUGAAGUCAGGCGCAUCAGAGAAGCUGGUGGAUGGAUUUCAAAUGGAAGAAUUUGUGGAGACAUCUCUGUAUCCCGUGCUUUUGGUGACAUGCGGUUUAAGACAAAGAAAGAAGAGAUGAUGCAGAAAGGAAUCGAGGAAGGAAGAUGGACUGAAAAAUUUGCUUCUCGGAUCCAAUUUAAAGGAGACCUUGUAACUGCCACUCCAGAUAUAUUCCAGAUCCCUGUAGGAUCAGAUGCAGAACUUUUGUUAUUAGCAUCUGAUGGUCUUUGGGAUUACAUGACCAGCUCAGAUGCAGUCAACUUUCUCAGGAACCAACUGCGGCAACAUGGGGAUGUUCAGUUGGCCUGUGAAGCACUUGGACAAGCAGCAUUGGACGGAGGGUCGCAAGAUAAUAUAAGUAUUAUUGUAGCUGAUCUGGGCCGGACAGAUUGGCAAAGCUUACCUGUCGCAAAGGAAAACAUCCUUAUUGAAGUGAUACAAGUAGUUGCUACAAUUGGUGUUGUGUCAUUUGGAAUAUGGUUAUCAUCUGCACUUUCUAUAUGAUGUAUGUGAUGACACUAACAUGAAGCACCUUUUAGUGUUUGUAUAAGUUGUAAAUGUAUGCAUGUUUCUUUGUUCUUGAA